AUGCGGUUUAUCCAGAAAACGGCAACUGGCUGGGCUGCAACGCUCGCCGCCGCGUCAUCCAUGAUGAAGUCCAAAGGCAUCGUCAGUCUUGCCCUGGACACCACCGAUGACAUGUGGUGUCUCAAAGAAAUUGUCGCAGAGGGCGACAAACUUAUCUUUGGCGACCCUGCGGCUUCGUCGCCAAGCGAAGACGGCGCGACAGGCAAAAUUCUGCUUGCCAAGGAAACAGAGUUCGACGUCACCACCUCGACACUGCACGUGAUGGGCACUUUGCAAGACUCCGCCAACAGCAAGUCUGGCCGCUCAAAGAAGGACUUAUUGGACAACGCGGCACAGCCGAUGCGUCGUGUUAGCAUCUCCCCAGAGUCUGUCAUUACAUUACGCAGAGACACUGGGUUCUCGGAAAACAUAAUUCAGCGCAUAGUGGACGCUGCUCGGCCUGAUCGUCGCAAUAAAGAUCUCGCUGUUUUCCUUGUUGACAAGAACUUUAGCAGCGUCAACGUGCGUGUACUGGCGGGCGAGGCCGAGCGCUUCAACGAGUCAGUCAAGGCCGAUGCCAGCUUACUCGCCAGUGGAGAUCAAAACGGCAACGGUGAUGCUGCGUCGCCGGCUGCAGCCAAAAGAACCGGCAAGACUGAGCGCAGGACAUUGGGUGGCGACAACCGCAAAGAGACCAAGCAAGCCCGCAGCACCAAGGGCACGCUUGCACCUCUUCAAGAAUCUCUGUUUGAGUCCGCCGUGGACGCUCUGCUGAGCCACCUGGACAUGGAGCAUGGCGAUCCGUGCCCAUUGCUAAUUGCGUCGCUCGGCGAGGCUGCGCACAACUUUCAGGCCUUUGUCCGUACCUACGCUGCUGCCAGGCACAACAGUGCUCUGCAGCAUAUGGCCAACAGUGCAAUUGUCGUUGAUACGCUUGGCGCCAUUGGGCAAGGCGCAAAGGCCGACGCCGAUCAGGAUGCCAAGCCGGUAGGCAAAAAGGGCAAAAAGCCGGCCUCCAAGAAGGCCAAAGACAGCACUGAUAGCGCCGAUGGCUCCCCAAACAUCUCAAACUCUACAAACGCCCAAAACAAGGACAACCUCUGGCUCCCUGCGUACCGUCAGAAUAUCAACAAGAAGAAUAUGGGACCUUUUGACGAGAUGAUGAUGCGCCCAGAUGUCCUCGCCAAGAUUCACGACGUCCGUUUCGACCGCGACCUCUCUCUUGUCAAGGACGUGCAGGAACGGGUGCGGGAAGGGGAUUCGGACGGGCGUGUGGCGUAUGGCGCUAGAUCGGUCGAAAAGGCCAUCCAGGAAGGUGCAGUAGGCACGGGCGGUGUUCUCCUUGCAAAUGAGUCCUUGUUCCACAAGGGAAAGUUCCAAGAAGCAGUCGCGUCUCUAUCCAACACGGUCCGUGAAGAGGGAGGCGAGGUGCGUAUCCUCCGUGAUUCCCACGACUGCGGCAAAAAUCUGUCAAGACUGGGCAGCAUUGCAGCAAUCCUGACAUUCCCCGUUUUUGGUCUAGAUGACCUAGACGAUGAAGAGGCAAAGAAGUAA